AUGGAAGAGGAGCUGAAGUGCCCGGUGUGCGGCUCGCUGUUCCGGGAGCCCAUCAUCCUGCCGUGCUCGCACAAUGUCUGUUUGCCCUGCGCCCGCACCAUCGCCGUGCAGACCCCGGAGAGCGAGCAGCACCUGCCGCCCCUGCUCCACUCUCGGGGCCCCGCGCCGUCCCCCGCCGCCGCGCCGGGAACGGGGCCGGGAGCGGCCGCGGGCUCCGCCGCCUGCCUGGACUCGGAGAGCGCGGCGGGAGGCGGCGGCGGGGACCACGCGGACAAGCUGAGCCUGCACAGCGAGACCGACAGCGGCUACGGCUCCUACACCCCCAGCCUGAAGUCCCCCAAUGGCGUGCGGGUGCUGCCGCUGGUGCCCGCGCCCCCAGGGGCGGCGGCGGCUCCGCGGGGCGCCGGCCCCGCCAGCUCCUCCCUCACCUGCCCGCAGUGCCACCGGAGCGCGUCCCUGGACCAGCGCGGGCUCCGCGGCUUCCAGCGCAACCGGCUGCUGGAGGCCAUUGUGCAGCGCUACCAGCAGGGCCGCGCCGCCGCCGCCGCCGCCGCCAAGUGCCAGCUGUGCGACCGCAGCCCGCCCGAGCCGGCCGCCGUGCUGUGCGAGCAGUGCGAGGUGCUGUACUGCGCCGCAUGCCAGCUCCGCUGCCACCCGGCCCGCGGGCCCUUCGCCAAGCACCGCCUGGCCCCGCCGCCAGCACACCCGGGCGCCCCCGGCGGCGGCGGGGACGGCGCCGGGAAGGGGGCGGGCGGCGGCCGCAAGCUGCCGACGUGCGCCGAGCACGACCUGGAGAACUACAGCAUGUACUGCGUGAGCUGCCGCAGCCCCGUCUGCUACCAGUGCUUAGAGGAGGGCAAGCACAACAAGCACGACGUGAAGGCCCUGGGAGCCAUGUGGAAGCAGCACAAGGCACAGCUGUCUCAGGCUUUAAAUGGUGUUUCAGAUAAAGCAAAGGAAGCAAAAGAAUUUUUGGUUCAGCUGAAAAAUUUAUUGCAGCAGAUCCAGGAGAAUGGGUUGGAUUAUGAAGCCUGUCUCGUGGCUCAGUGCGAUGCCUUGGUUGAUGCGUUAACACGGCAAAAGGCAAAACUGCUCACAAAGGUCACCAAGGAACGUGAGCACAAGCUGAAGGUUGUUUGGGACCAGAUAAAUCACUGUACACUGAAGCUACGCCAGUCAACAGGGCUGAUGGAAUACUGCUUAGAGGUUAUCAAAGAAAAUGAUCCCUCUGGGUUUUUGCAGAUUUCAGAUGCUUUAAUCAAGCGUGUUCAGGUAUCUCAGGAACAGUGGGUCAAAGGAGCCUUGGAGCCAAAAGUAUCUGCUGAGUUUGACUUGACUCUGGAUAGUGAACCUUUACUGCAGUCAAUUCACCAGCUGGAUUUUAUUCAGAUGAAAUGUAGGGUGCCACCCAUCCCAUUACUGCAGCUGGAGAAGUGUUGCACCCGGAACAACAGUGUGACACUGGCCUGGAGGAUGCCACCUUUGAGCCACAACCCAGUGGAGGGCUAUAUCUUGGAACUUGAUGAUGGAGAUGGUGGCCAAUUCCGAGAAGUAUAUGUUGGCAAGGAGACCCUCUGCACCAUCGAUGGCCUUCAUUUCAACAGCACUUACAAUGCCAGAGUCAAAGCUUUCAACUCCUCGGGCAUUGGUCCUUACAGCAAGACAGUAAUUUUACAGACGUCGGAUGUGGCGUGGUUCACCUUUGACCCCUCCUCAGCUCACAGAGACAUAGUGCUGUCGAAUGACAACCAGACUGCCACCUGCAACAGCUAUGAUGACCGUGUGGUUCUGGGCACCGCUGCCUUCUCCAAGGGCGUGCAUUACUGGGAGCUUCACGUGGACCGCUACGACAACCACCCGGACCCAGCCUUUGGCAUUGCCAGGAUUAAUGUGGUCAAGGACAUGAUGCUGGGCAAGGAUGACAAGGCAUGGGCCAUGUAUGUGGACAACAACCGCAGCUGGUUCAUGCACUGCAAUUCCCACACCAAUCGGACUGAAGGAGGAGUUUCUAAAGGUGCCACUGUUGGUGUGCUCCUGGAUCUGAACAAGCACAACCUGACCUUUUACAUAAAUGGGCAGCAGCAGGGGCCUCCAGCGUUUGAAAACAUUGAGGGCGUCUUCAUGCCUGCAUUGAGCCUCAAUCGAAAUGUCCAGGUGACCCUGCACACAGGACUGGAGGUGCCACAAUCUGUAAAACAGCCCAAGUUGCCAAACAACUAA